CCAAAGAACACUCUGCGCCCUGGGACUCUCGUUCGUUUUCUCAAUUCACACUUUCUCUAGGGGCUGCCGGUGCUUGCUUGUCGGUUGUCAGAGAAAAGAAAAGAAGAAGAAAAAAAUCUAAGUAUCCGCAACCCAUUCUUUACCCCGCGCCAGCGACAGUCAGCGAGAUGGACCGCGAACAGUUCAAGGCCGCUGCACAUGCGGCCAUCGAUGACAUCAUCGACCAUUUCGAUACCGUCCCCUCGAAGCCUGUUCUGUCCACUGUCCAGCCGGGAUAUUUGCGUCCUUUGAUCCCCGAUGCCCCUCCAACCGAGCCGGAAGAAUGGUCUCAGAUUCAAGCAGACGUCGACUCCAAGAUCAAGCCCGGUCUGACACACUGGCAAUCUCCCAACUUCAUGGCGUUCUUCCCGGCCGGUGUCACUUACCCCAGUAUUCUGGGCGAGAUGUACUCUGCUGCGUUCAACGCGCCAGCCUUCAAUUGGCUCUGCUCGCCAGCGUGUACAGAGCUGGAGACCAUCGUGAUGGAUUGGGUCGCCAAGGCAUUGGGUCUCCCGGAAUGUUUCCUCAGCACCUCGCCAAACGGCGGUGGCGGAAUCAUCCAGGGAAGUGCGAGUGAAGCCGUAGCCACGAUGAUGGUGGCUGCGCGAGAAAGACGUGUCCGGGAACGAGCCUUGGCUGAGGGUCUCAAGGAGGGAACGCAGGAGUACGAAGAUCGCACGAUGGAGCUCCGGCCCCGACUGGUCGCCCUGGGCAGUGACCAGGUUCACAGCAGCACGGCCAAGGGGGCUCUGAUUGCAGGCACCCGAUAUCGCAGUGUUCCCACCCGUCUUGAAGACAACAUGGAGAUGACGGCCGAUGCGCUGCGGGCAGUUCUUGAGCAGUGUGAAAAGGAUGGGCUGGAGCCGUAUUAUAUGACCCUGACCAUGGGAACGACGAGCAGCUGCGCAGUGGACCGUUUCGCCGAGCUCAAGGCGGUCCUGAAGGAAAAGGAAUCAUGGCAGAGAAUAUGGGUGCAUAUCGACGCUGCCUAUGCGGGAGCGGCUUUGGUGGCCGACGAGUAUCAGCAGAUCGCGCAGGAGUGGGCCGAAGGAAUCGACAGUUUCGAAAUGAACAUGCACAAAUGGCUCCUGGUCAAUUUUGACGCUGGGUGCUGCUUCGUCCGCAACCGCUUGGAUCUGACAACCUCCUUGGAUAUCACGCCGGCCUACCUGCGCAACCCUUAUUCAGAAAGAGGAUCGGUGAUCGACUACCGGAACUGGCAAAUUCCCCUGGGUCGGCGGUUUCGUGCAUUGAAGAUCUGGUUCGUCAUGCGCAGCUACGGAUUGGUUGGCCUGAAGAACCACAUCAGGAAAUGCGUGUCCAUUGGAGACGUCUUCACAGACUUGGUUCGCAGCCGGCCAGACCUCUUCGAGAUCAUCACCAAGCCUGCCUUUGCGCUCACGGUGUUGCGCGUCCGCAACCCCAAGGCAGUGACAGCCAACGGCACGGCCCACACCGUUGCUCAGCCCGACGAACUCUCUCACGAUCUGACGAAAGAAGUCUACGAGCGGAUUAAUGCAGCGGGUGAAAUCUUCAUCACUUCUAGCGUUAUUGCCGGUAUAUACGUGAUCCGCGUUGUUGGUGCCAGCCCGACUGUCGAGGAGAAGCACCUUCGACGGGCUUUCGACAUUCUGGUCACGACCACGGAGUCGGUCCUCAAACAGAAAAUGGAGAAAGCAUGAUCAGCUCCCUCUGGGGCUGAAUUCUCGAUGGGUAUUCUAUAGAUAUGCGAUUUCUUUUUGCUUUUUUAUUUCAUGUAAAUCGACGCCAGCGAUGUACAGUUACGAUCUCCUCUCCGAUGUCAGAAGAGACAUGGAUACGAUAUAGACAGACCAGUUAUGGGCACAUAUCUCUUGAUUCUCCAUUCUUCUUAGAAGAUCUUCACUCUUUUUUUUUUUUUUUUUUUUUUUUUUUUUUUUUUUU